AAAAGUUUUCAUUAUUAUUAAUUUUUCUUGCUAUGUUUAGACGAAAAAAGAAGUGUAUUCGUUUUACUGAAGAAGGCGGUGAUGCGCCGAGUUCAGUGAAUGGUGGCAACGAUACAACAUCAAACGAAGAAGAAGAUGAUGAAGAAGAAGAAACAGCAGCAACUCGUUGUUGA